AUGGUGCAUCAGCCGGAAUACAUUCUAAGAAGACCAGUCGGUGAAGUAGGUGGACACUUUCAUUCCGUUUCUUAUCCUCUGGCACACAGACACGCCGCCUCCUCACACACUCCCUCACACUUUCUCUCUCUCAAACUCUCUUUCUCAAAUUCAUUCUCUUUCUCUUUCUCAAAUUCAUUCUCUUUCUCUUUCUCAAACUCACUUUCACUUUCUCUCUUUCUCAAACUCACUUUCACUUUCUCUCUUUCUCAAACUCACUUUUUACGAUCUUUCUCAAACUCACUUUCACUUUCUCUCUUUCUCAAACUCACUUUCACUUUCUCUCUUUCUCAAACUCACUUUCACUUUCUCUCUUUCUCAAACUCACUUUCACUUUCUCUCUUUCUCAAACUCACUUUCACUUUCUCUCUCUCUCAAACUCACUUUCUCUCUCUCUCUCUCUCUCAAACUCACUUUCUCUCUCUCUCUCUCUCUCAAACUCACUUUCUCUCUCUCUCAAACUCACUUUCUCUCUCUCUCUCUCUCAAACUCACUGUCUCUCUCUCAAACUCACUUUUCUCUCUCUCAAAAAACUCACUUUCUCUCUCUCUCUCUCUCUCUCAAACUCACUUUCUCUCUCUCUCUCUCUCUCUCUCUCAAACUCACUUUUUCUCUCUCUGCCUCUCUCAAACUUACUGUCUUACAUUCUCUCGAGCUAUGGGUUAA